AUGUGGAUGAUCAUUGUGGUGUUCAUGUCUUUGGUGUCUUCCACCUACGCUGUGCUGGUGGAUUUCGAUAACUGUUUGGGCGAAAGCGUCAUUCAUUCCGACCCGCUUCAGCUUCAGUUUGUUCCUUUAGACGUGGCCGUCACCUUCGAUUUGGAGGACCCCCUCCGUCCUCUCAAUAUCACAGUUUACGGCAAUGUUUCCGGCACGGAUGAUGGAUCGUCUUAUCCAUCCCCUAGUGAUUCGAAAUGGUCAAAUGCCAGUUAUACUGCAGGAAAGAUUCAGGAUUUGGACAGGGACAACAACAAGUACAGCACGCUUUUGACGGAUGUCGAUGUGCUCACUUUCACCCCUUAUAGUGAGCCAUCUAGGUUUUGCACCUCCCUCUCUCAAGGGGAAUGCCCGCUCGGCCCUGUAUUUUACGCUAAUUCGAGCAACUUGGACGCAUUACGUGCUUUCUCCGUUCAACAUGACAUGCUCUCGUCAUUUCAUUUCGCUACUUUUGCAUCAAAAAUCAGGAUCAAAUCGGGCGAUGCUGCUGCCACCGUUCUCGGUUGUAUAUCGGUUGACAUAACCCCGGACCUUGGAUCGACUCUUAAGAACGCUCUGGCCUAUGUUCCUCUGGUUAUUCUCAUCCUGGUAGGGGUUGCUACUAUAACUGCCGCGAUUUACAGUCCUUGGGGCACUACUGAUCCUUUCCGCUGGACCAGCAAUUACGGUCGUGAUGAGGAUGUUAUCCGUCUUGUUACCCCUGGAUUUGGAGAUUGCCUACAGUACUUACAGUUCGUGGUGUUAACAGGCGCGCUAACCUUGAAAUACCCUGGUUAUUAUCAACCUGUCGUCAGUCAAGCUGCCUGGUCCGUCCUCAUGUUCAACCAAAGCUUUCUGAAUCCAGGCCAUGAGCAAAACCCAGUUGUGGAUGGUAUUUAUUCCAUCAAUACUACCUCCUAUGGCCUGGACCGACUGGAACAGUACGUCGGCAUGGAUGCGGGCCGCGAUAUUUGGCCUGGAAUGAUGGUCUGGCUGCUUGUUAUUGUGGUUGCCAUCACCCUUGUGAUUCAGCUUGCGUUCGCUUUUCGCUGGCUCCAUCGCGAAAUUGCCAAUAUUCCGGAGGAAGACCUUCGUUCAAAGAACAUGCCAUUUACUGUUGGCAAUAUUGUUCGGAUUGUGUUUAACUUUCUUUUUCUACCGCUCAUCUCGAUGUCUUUCUUUCAGCUAGUCAUAGCCGGUGACUCUCCAGUAUAUUGUGUCGUUUUGGCUGUUAUAGUCAUCCUAAUACUGAUAGCCUUUGCUCUCUGGACGAUCCGGCUGAUUGCAAGCACUCGUCCGAAAUCCUACCUCUUUGAUGAUUUGACGACGGUGCUGCUGUAUGGCCCACUCUACAACACCUUUUGCGACGAUGCUGCGGCUUUUGCGGUUGUUCCUAUCAUCAUUUCCUUUGCGCGCGGUGUCGCUAUUGGCGCCCUUCAACCAUCGGGAAUCGCCCAGAUAGUUCUUCUGGCGAUUUGCGAAGUUGUUUUCUUGCUUACCCUCGUUGCAUUCCGACCCUAUCCUCCACCGACCUCUAUGAACUUCUACCACACCUGCUUCUCUAUAGUCCGAUUUUUGACGAUACUGCUCAGCGUUGCUUUUGUUCCUUCUCUUGAUGUCUCGGAAGCUGCACGAGGAUGGAUAGGCUAUGUCAUCCUUUUCCUGCAUGCCUUGGUCCUCGUCUUUGGAUUCUGCUUGAAUGCUUUACAAACCCUGAUUGAGGUGAUAGCGCGACUCGCUGGCGCUGGUGGCUACCAGGGCGCUGCCACUCGUGGUGGUCUUACCAAGGUGUUUGGCAUGCGUCAGCUUUCCCGCCGUGUACCCAGACGUGAAGUCGGGACACGUCAAAGCAUGGGCUCAGAGGCUGCGAUGUUAGCACACUCAGAUGAACGAAUGUCAUCGCAGUUUGAAGGGUCAAGGCCAAGGAGUCUUUCAGGAAGCUCCGCCCUACUUUUGAACCGCGCAGCAGCAAGCGAUGGCAGGGUCAGUGCGGCCUACGAGUCGCCAAGUGCACAAGGAACUCAUAGUCGAGCUAAUAGCAGUGGGAUGUACACUCCUACAACAAUGGGAGGCAAUGCUACCUUCUACGGCGCUGGUUACCAGACGGCAGGAAGCAAUUCUCCCAAAAGCGGUCCAGCAUUUUCUCUUCAGCAAAAUGAUCCCUACUACCGACCUCCCAGGCUCCCAAGGAAAGCUGUGGAAACGGGUUCUCUGCCUAAAAGCAGAGGGGGCUCGGCGGGUGCUCAGAAGUCGGUCAACCAUGGUGACCAAGAUGACGAAAUUGAAGGCCCAUCGGUAUCUGGCAGGGCUACUCCCAUCCCGGCUUACAUCCCAGCGCCCAAGGAUGAUCUUGACUUUGACGAUUCUCGACAACCAAGGAAAGACUAUGCUGUGCGUGAAGUUGACUUCUACUACCGGGUGCGCGGACCCCCACUAUCCCACACUGGCACUCGUAAAUUGAAGACGGGUCCAGCUGAUCCUACUGGUCCUGUCUCUUCUGCAACUGGCUGGUUCCGAAACCUGUUCAAUGGAAAGACCAAGGAGAAAGGGAAGGGGUUUGAAGUGGUGCGUAGUGCGAGAGCACCUCCGCCGGGUAUGUUCGUAGAAGGCGAAAGUUUCAACGAACCGUACAGGGAUGAACCCGAGGAAUCAGCCGCGGCGGGCAACCCCCGCCAGGCUCCCGAAACAGAUCAAUACCACGAUUCGGAAGGGGAAGGGAACAAGCAACCUAGCACAGCUCCGGCAACACUGCCUGAAGUUGGUCCUGUCGGCGAUAUCGAACUUCCUAGUCGUAUGGGGUCGCAUCGUAGCUCGCAAGCACCAUCGGUGGUCUUGGAGCCGGCGCCUUCUAUUCCAAGACGGAGUUCCAAGCGAAAAGGUUCUUCAGGAUCGAUGGAUCAAGAAAUGGAGGAUGUAUCACAACAAAACCUCCCAGCAGUUGCGGAAGCCGUGGCCGGGGAGUCCAGGGACACCAGCCGGCAUCUUGAACCCUCCCAGGAUACAUCGACCUUACUUCAACCAUCUUCGGGUACCGGUCGGCUACCAUUCAGUGCUAACAGUUCCCCCUCUCGAGAUCGGGGCUUUUCCAUCGCUUCUACCGCACCCUCCUCCACAUCAAGCCAUCACAUUGGACGGAGUGCUAGCACGAGAACCCGGGACCGACCGUCAAGCAUGGGCUAUGUCGCUCAGUAUCGAGCCCGAGACAAUAUCCAUGAGGCCGGUCCUGAUGAGCCUUCUUUUACGAGCAGUACCGCUGAGCUCGUGGAUGAGCCGAUUGAUCACACGGAGUCAGAGCAUUAA